AAGUCAAAGACCGAAAAGUGUACUUGAUGGUGAUGGCUUACACUUUUCUUACACAAGUACAAUUGUGUAAGAAAAUGUGUAAGCUAGGUAGUUAAAAAUGCACAAAACCAGAUAAAUGUGCAAUUAUUGUAAAGCCACGUGAGGUAAAAUGCCCUAAAUUUGAAAAUAAUGAAGGUAAGUUUGUGUAUAAUAAAACAGUAAUACGACGAUGUAAAAAAAUUGUAAUUUAAAUAUAUUUGGAAACGAAAAAAAAUUCUGAACCUAAUGCAUACAAUACCCGCCAGUAAAUCAUAGCCGCUACCAAAAGCUGCCGGGAUUAGGUUCAGAAUUUUUUUUUGAUUCCAAAUAUACUUAAAUUACAAUUUUUUACGUUCUCGUAUUACUGUUUUAUUAUACACAAACUUAUCCUCAUUUUGUAUUUCUUUUUUUAAAAUAUAUUUUAUGAAGUAGAAAUACAUAAUAGGUUUGUAUUUUGACAAAUUUGGAUUAUAGUGGGGUAAUAAGUCUCGAAUUUUUGAUUUUAUUUUAUUUAACAUGAAUUAAUAUAGCGUAACACAUAAAAUAAUAGAAAAUGUUGGAUAAAAAAAUAUAAAAUCAUAUAUUAUGAAACAAUAAAAUAUUAGAGAGCCUACCACAUACAUACCCGCUAGUAUUUAGUAUCCAAAAGAAGUAUCCGCGUGAAAGGAACCCGGAGCGGCUACAUCUAGCGGCUACUUUUUACUGGCGGGUAUUAUUACCAUGUCAUUUAUAACUGUUUUUAUAUCACAAUAUACAUAAAAUUUAUUUAUUAGAGUUCAUAUUAAUGGUUGUUGUAUUUUUUUAAAAUUUGAAGACCUAAGUCUAAUUCAAUUGUGAUUGGACAAUUCAACCGGCAACUCUAGGAUGGGAAUCUAUAGGCUUUGCAGAAAAUUGUAAUUCACGGGUAUUGGAAUAGAGCGGGCACGGCUUUUGUGGGAUUUCUUUGACCACAUUGAAGAUUUGAUAUGGUCGAAAAAUUGGGUAGGGCCCAUUAGGGUAAUUUUUUAUGUUAAAUUAGGGUAGAAGGUUGAGAAGCAGCCGCACUAUCAUUUUUCAAACGGAUACUUCAUUUUUUCGUGUGAGAGUGAGAAGCAGCCGCACUAUCAUUUUUUCAAACGGAUACUUCAUUCGGUCUUCUUCAAAUCCAUUCACGCCAUGGCUUCUUCUUCAAACCAAGUCCCUUAUUCGAGGCCCGAGACGAUCAAUCGUCCAACAGUUGAGAUCAGUACGUACUACAAUAUUAAGUACCUGUCGACAGUAGCGGGGAGACUAGAGGAAAUUGGCGAUUUUGCACUGGAGAAUACGUUCAGGCAGGGGUGCUUUGGUAUGAUGUUGGAUUGGCAGCCGGGCCAGAAGUGCAAUGCUGCAUUGCACCAUAUUGUCUCUCGUCAUCUUAAGAUGACGAGAGACGAUGAGGAUGAUGAGAUCUGCUUCUACAUCAACGGGAGGAAGGUUGACUUUACUCCGAGAGAUUUUGCUCUCGUGACAGGAUUAGCCUUUGGGGAUGAUCCUUUUGAUACUUUGGCUGAGCACGAUCUGAGCGAAGCUCAGACAUUUACACGGUUUGUACGCGGGAAGCAUGUGUCAGUGCAGGGGCUGGCGGAUAUAUAUUUCGACAGGGCCAGUCGAGUGGUUGACCCCGACGGCGGGUUCUACCUCCGUGUGGCCCACUUGUUGGUGCUAAACGCAUUUGUAUUAGGAGUGGACGUGCGACGAUCCGUAGCCCUGGACAUGGAAGCUGGUGGAUGAUUUGACGGCCUUUUCCAGAUUUUCUUGGGGAUCGUGCCCGUAUAGGAGCUUGAACUACAGGUUGAAGAACACCACAAUUAAGAAUACAAAGACCAAGUACCACUUCUACGGUCCUUCUUGGGCCCUAUUCGUUUGGGGUCUUGAGGUUAUUCUCGACUUGGCAGCAGCCAUAGCCAUAUGCAAUGCGGGAGUUUACCCUAGAUUCAAGAGGUGGACGUUCGUGAAGACCAAGGCCGACGGGUUACAGAGUUUAUUUG